CAGUAUGAGCACUACACCUAUCCAGGAACUCCCUACCCAGGGACUGUCCUCUGGGAGUGGGCAGACCUUACCCUCCCGACCCCUGCAGCUCUCCUCUGAUCCUUCAGCUUCUAAAAGAGUAUGUUUCUACAAAAGCGGUGACUAUCAGUUUGGAGGGCAUCGAAUGGUCAUCAAUACCCGCACCUUUAAGACCUUUGAUGCUCUACUGGAUGUUCUUUCCAAGAAAGUGCCUCUGGCAUUUGGAGUGAGGACUAUCACCACACCCCGGGGGACUCACCUUGUUAAGGCAUUAGAUGACUUACAUGAUGGAGGUGCUUAUGUGUGCUCUGACCAGAAACGUGUGAAGCCAAUAAACCUGGAUGAAGUGAACCGGCGGCAGGUACCUUGGAAUACUACCAGACUGGUCAGUGUAGGGCGACGACGGCGAUUUGGUCAGUUUGGCAGCAAGAAUGAAGCCAUCAGGCCAGCAAAGGUCACUGAAAGAGUGGCAGUACGGACACCAAAGAGGCUUAUGGUCAUCAAGAACAGGGAUCCAAGUGUUAAACGCACAAUUGUUUUGCAGAGAAGAACAGCUCCAACAUUUGAUGCAUUGCUGGAUUACCUAUCGCAGAUCCUGCAGUUCCCAGUGCUGAAACUCUACUCUACAGAUGGCAGAAGAGUUGAUGGUCUUGCUGCUCUUAUCUUGUGCUCUGGAGUUGUUGUGGCAGCGGGCAACGAGCCUUUCAGAUUAGCAAACUAUAGUUUUCACAGAACAGGCCAGAUGGCACAGGCCAUGUUCCUGGAAACUGCUGAACCCUCAAUGUUACAACCUAGAGCACAGAAGAAAAAGUCUUUCUCGAGCGGACGAGGAUCGAGGAACUUCUCUGUGUCAUCAGAGCGAUAUAUUGUGAACCAGAUAAACAAGUCUCAAAAUGGCCACCUGCAUCCCCACAAUGGACUAUUUGAAGCAGAAGCCAAUCAGCAUCACACAUCUAUGGAGAUGUCCGGAACUGGCAGGGAAGAUAACGUGCAUCAAACCUGCAUCGUACCUCACGAUGAUGACAUUGAAAAGUCUUUCCGCGUGAAUCAAGAUGGCAGCAUGACGGUGGAGAUGAAAGUUCGUCUGACCAUUAAGGAGGAGGAGAUGCUCCACUGGACAACCACACUCAGCCGCACCAGCCUUAGCAAGAGGGCAGCUUGUGCCUCAAUUUCUGAGUCAGGCAACCGCUCCCCUGACUCGAACAAUGUCAUUCCCAAAGACUCCUCUAGUAUCAGCGAGGAAGAAACGAAAGAGGAGAACUUUCCCUCUGCAGCUGGAAAAGGCGUCGGCUUUAAUGAUGAGCGAACAUGUGAAGGAUACACUUCAACAGCUACGAGAAAAGCGAAAAAAAGUGUCAAACGCACUCCCACACCUGGUCCUCGACAUGUUAAUAAAAAGGCGUCUAUUGAGAGUGUGAAGAGGGUCACAGAGUCAGGGGUGCAAGAGAGCAUGCUGGGACAUUAUUCCUAUGUGGAAAGGACAGCCGAUGGCGAAACAACGGAGGGAUACUGCCUUGUCAAACACAGCAGUAGCAGCAAUAGACCCAUCCCAAAACCUCGCAAAACAGCAUCCGCAGGAAUGAGCAACAAAUGCACCCCCUCCUCCAUCAGGUCAUCAGGAGUUGCUGAGGUCCUUCAGAUUCAGAAUAAUGGGAUGGAGUUUAGAGAGACUGUGAUGCAUAUUUAUGAGACCCAAGGCUGCUAUGACAACUAUUUCGCGAAUCAGGAAUAUAGUGUAGAUGGCGUUCCUUUACAUGGCUCCCCUCCGGCACCACAAAGUAAACAGUCGACUGACUCAGGGCCUCAUUCAUCGAGUAAUGAUUGUGAUAUAGAUUGUAGCUGGCAGCCACCCACUGCUGACUCACUGCAAAGGCAGAAAGAGGAGAUGCUAUCACUGUCAUCAGAGCCAGUAUCUCUGACACAUGAGAAUACAAACAAUCUGUCUUCACCGAGUGAAAACGAAACCAAGAGAAACCUUCAAAUUCUAGAGAGAGUAAAACUAGACAACACUCCAAAAAGCACGACGAAGAAAAAGAUGACUACGUCUGGCAGGAGUCAGAAGAGUUCAACUUCAACAAGUAACACGGAUAAAAAACCGAAGGAAAGCCUAAUCAGCCCCUCAAAAGAUAGCAAGCAUUCAUCUGCUGACAAGAUAAGCAGUAAGGCCAGUGUGGGAAAAAGGACGGUGAAUUCUUCUGAAAGUGCUAAAAGUGGUCAAAAGAGUAAAGGAGCAGAAAAGAAAGCAGAAAGUCUCCAAUCUAAGAAAUCCAAUAAAGGUGAAAAAACACCAACAAAGAGCUCAGCAUCAUUAGUUAGAACAGCACCACAGAGACAAAACACAAGCAAACCAGCUGCUAGCGAUAUUGGCCACAAUGUAAAUACUCCAACUGGAAGGCCUCAAAUGAAAAAGAACAUGUCAGACAUUUUGCAACCCAACAAAUCUCUUACUAAAAAGACAACUAGCAAGCCAAAAUCCAUGCCUGAAAGUGGAAUAUCACCAACAAAACCGCUUGUUUCGAUGCCUUCUCUCGAUCCUUCGCCCUCCGAGAUCCACCAAUAUGUUGAGAACUGGUUGGAGAAAGUCACCCCAGACCAAGUGCCAUAUCCAGAGGAGGUGAUCACAGAGGAAACACAACCUCGAACAAAGGUUAUAUUUCAGAUAGGCGGAGAUUCUGAAUCAGAUGAAAAGAAUGAAUGCCAUACUAAUUUUGAUGAAAAUAACCCAUCCUCCAAUGAUGUUAUAAAGGGAUCAUCAUCUUGUCUAUCAGUUCCUCUUAGCCACCAAGAACUAACAACAGUACAAGGUUUAAGUGUUUCUAUGCCAAAUGUCAGAGCUGACCUUGAACAUCAGGAGAACAGACUGAGGCCACACAAAUCUGCAGAGGCCAUCUGUCCAGCUGGCGAUGAAACAUCUUCACCAUCUAACUUUUUGAGUCCCAAAGCAAAGAUAAAGCCUGCCCUGCAACAACUCUGUUCAUCCAUUCAGUGCAUCAGAAGAGCCUCUGACACCAACGUGGCAUCCAACCUUGAAAAAUCUAACAGCCUUCCCGAUUUCCCGACACAAGUAGCCUCAGUGUUUGGCUCGUCGUGUAAAGCCUUUCUGUCAUUCUUGUCAGUGAUGACUCUGAGAGAUCACCUCAUAGACUCCACAGCACGAGAGGAUAAAAUAUCAAGAACCAAGUCAGAGGCGAUGCUAAUGAUGGAGUCCCUGCAGAAGAUUUCGGCCAUCGAGGACGAGGAAGAGCAGAGAGCAAGUCUGACUGAUUUGCAAAGCAGAGCAUCUUCUCGUUUAAGACAGAGCUGGAAGGAUUUCCAGAUUCUGAGGGAAAGGCUUGAAAGUGAACCCCUUUCUCCCAAAGUGUCAGAAACUGAGUUUGCGCUAGAUGUCGUCUCUGAAGGCGGCGAUGCAUUUGAGGAACAGCAUUCGGGCAUUGAUGAGCUGAUGGAGGAGCUGAGCAUGCCGCAAGACCUCAGGGAACAGAUCGCUUCGACAAUCAGAACUUUUUACCCUGUGGAAGAGAGCCAGUGUGUAGAGACUGAUCGAAACCAGUCAGACUCAGAGGAAGAUUUAGAGCAAUUUGUUCAGGACUGUAACGACGAAACAAAACAAUCACUUGAGUCUGAUAGUCGAUGUGUAACUGAAGACACUCCUGAUGCAGUUUAUACCCAACAGGGACAAAUAAUAAGCAAGUCAGAGCAGCCUAGUGAAACCCAAGAAUCACAGACAGAAAAAGAAGAGUUAUUAAAAGACAAAGAAAAUGAGACAAAAGAAGAAGAAAGUGGCAAAGAGGAACAAUUAGAGGAGGAAAAAGAGGUGAAGAUGAGGGAAGAUGAAGAUACAAAAGAGACAGAAGAUGAUUGUUACACGACUGAAAAGGAAGAUUGGGAAAGAGAGGAAGAGGAAGAAGAGGAGCAAGCAGCAAAAUCAGGGGAAGUAAGUAGUGAAGAAUCUAUUGAUAAAGAAGAGGGAGGGGCAUAUGAAGAGGAGGAGACAAAAGAAGAAGAAAGUAGAAAAGAGGAACAACUAGAGGAGAAAAGGGAGGUGAAGAUUAAGGGGGAUGGAGAUACAGAAGAUGAAAGUGAAGGAACUGAAAAGGAAGAUGGAGAAAGGGAGGAAGACAGAGAAGAAGAGUCUGAGCAAUCAGAAUCAGAUGAAGAGAGUGGAGAGGGGUCUGUUGAUAAAACAGACACAGAGGCUGAUAGUGAAGGGACUGAAAAAGAAAAUAGGGGAAGAGGGGAAGAUGUAGAAGAAAAGCCAGAGCAAUCAGAAUCAGAGGAAGUGAGUGAUGAGCAAUCUCUUGACAAGAAAGGAGCAGGGACAGAUGAAGAGGAGGAAGAGAUGACACUGGAUGAAAGAGAGCUGGGGGAUGAAUUAGGAGAAGGAGAGGAAGAAGAGGCUGAUGAGACAGAUGAGGAUUUUAUGAAUGAGGACCCAACUCAGUAUAGUGCUGAAGAAACAGAUGAGAGAGAGGGUGCUGGGGAGGCAGAGGAGGAAGAGAAGAUAAAUGAGAAGGUUUGCGAGGAAGGUGAGGAAAAAAGCAGUGAUGGAGGGGAAAAUGAGGAGAGGUAUAAGGAGGAGAAAGAAGAUGAAGGUGACAAUGUGGAAGAGACAAGUAAAGGGGGUGGAGUAGAAAAUGUAACUGUAGAAUUAGAACAGGAGGAGGAAGAAAAUGAAGAGUUACAUCUUGUUACAGGUGAUGUAGAGCAGGAACUACUGGAAGGUACUGAGGUAUCUGAUGAUGAGGAAAAGAAAAUUGGGGAUGGUAUUGAGGCAGAUGAGGAAGAGGAGGUGGAAGCGGAAAUAAAUGCAGUUACUGCAACAGAUGCAGAGGAAAGUGUUAGUGAAAAUGCAGAUGAUGAAAAGGAAAUGGAAGAAUUUAAUGAAGAUAGAAAUGAACUAGAAGUUGAGGAUGAAAAGGAAACACAGCAGAUAGAAGAGGUUAGUGAGGGAAACAAUGAAGAGGAGGAGGAGGUAGAAGAAGAGAGAGAACAAGAUGAAGAACAUGAGGAGGAAGGUAGUGGAGAUUCUGUGGUUAAAAAUACAGAGGAUGAGAGAGCAAGGACAACAACAGACGAGGAAGAGGUAGACGAAGGAAGGGACACGGACACAGAAGAUGAAAAGUAUGAUGAGGCUGAAGACAGGAUGAGAGAGCCGGAGCAAACAGAAAGUAGUCAGGAGGAAGAAUCAGCAGAAGAGAGAGAAUGUGGAGAAGAGUUAGAGAGGGAUGAAAAUCUGACAGCAGGUCAAACUGGAGAUGAAGAGGAGAGGGAGGAUGAUGAAGAGAAGGAGUCACAAGAGAAAUUAGACCAGGAAAAAAACCAAGGCACUGAAUCCCCAAGCAAAUACUCUUCUGAAGGUCAGUGUGCUGAUGACAAAGGUAACGGAACAGACACGGUUACUGAAACAGAUGAAGGAGGAGAGAUGCUUACAGAAAGAAGUGGCAGUUUAUCCCAUCCAGGGGAAAUAUCCCAGGAAUUACUCAACUUUGUGAACUAUGCCCUCCGGUCUGCUUCGCUUGUAUUCAUUUAUGACAAGGAUGGGAAGAUUAGGAUAGAGCCUGAUAAUGCUCAGGUUGUAAAAACCAAGCAAAGUGUUCUUCUGAAAAGCAGAAAAGACCGUUCAUAUGGCUUAAAAUGCCUGCCAAGCCCGAGCACCUCUGAUUUAUCUGAUUACAGACCAGAAACAUCAGAGAGCAGCAGCUAUAGAACUCAGGAGUCUGUAGAUAUUAUGUCACAGAGUGGAGAAGAGGCUUCAGAGAAAACUUCUCCAGUCUAUACACAUUCAGCUGUCCAAGCUGAGAGGACAAAUCUGGAACUGGCUAGCUCAAAGUUGUCUGUUGCAAGUAACUCAGGAACCUUUCCUAGUUCCAGUGACUCAGGUACUAAAGCCUCAAGGGCGGAUCUUUCUUACUUCAGUGCAGCAAGCUCAUUAAAAGCAGAUCGUGAAGCCACCACACAGGCUGCACAGUGCAUUUCUUUUGUCUCACAAAACUCAGCUGAUGGGGUUUUGAUUGAUCAAGGCAGAUGGCUCCUGAAGGAGAACCAUCUCAUAAGAAAAUCUCCUCCAGUCUCGCUGGGAAUGUACGACAAUUUGGACAGCACAUCCGUAGACACAGGUCAGGAGAACACUAGUGACGAUUCCCCGCCCCAUUUCAAAACUCAGCACAGUCCCCUUGCAGCCAUAUCCUCAUCAGAACUCGAGGAGAUGGCGAAGCCUCCGACUCCAAAGUGCAUCUACUACAAUCUGCCACAUGGUAGCGACUCGGACCCCUUUUUAGAUGCUUCAAGUAUUAAAAGCAGUGCUCGAGGCAGGGGUGUCAAGGUGUCUCCUACUAUUGACACAUCAAAAACCUGGGCAAAUAAAAAUGGCAGUCAGUCUUCCUUUGCGUCAGUGGAGUUCAGAAUCCCAGACAGAAAAGUUCAUCCCGAGGGCGAGUCAGCGGUUGUGACACAGCCAAGUAGGACAUCUGGUGGCGUAAGCCAUGUACUACAAGCACAAGACUCAAUGGACAAUCUGCAUUUGAGAUGUGGCCAAUACUGCCCCAUACUAUGA